ACCACCACGUCGUACGCGUUGGUGGUCUGCAAAAAACGGUGAUAGUGAGGAAACAAAUUGUGGUCACCGCAAUCAAGAACGCCGAGCAGACAAGAACUGCUUGAACUUGAGUUUAUGUGUGUGUUUGCAAGGAGGAGCUAAGAACCGCCAAACAGCAUGAGCAUCAUCAUUUCCGUGCUUCUCGCAACGCUCACAAUUUAUUGCGGUACAUCGGUUUUAUCUUUGCCACCAUCGCUUAUCGGCUCAGCGACAUCCCUGGCUCGGCAGCAUGUUCGCCAACCUCGAGACAACAGCGGCAGCGAUACCAAAACAGCUGGUACUACCACGAUUCUCUUGCCACAGCAGCAUAUUCAUUCCGUUGAAUACCCACAACCGCUUCACUGGCAGAAGGCGCGACCCAAAAAAGACCUAACUAGCUUUGGACUGGGCGACGGCAACAUUGCAACAAAUGCCUACACUGGAAGAGGCACCAGCUCCGAUGAUAUCGAGCGUCUGUCCAGUAUGGAUCUCGAUACUAACAAUAACAACAGCAACUAUGCUGGCAUUAAGCUGACGCACCCCUUCAAGGUUAGUGGCAAGGCGGCAGACGUAAAGGAUGCACACGAAAUUCGCAGCGGCAGUGGCAAUCGAAAAUUACCGGAUGAGUAUGAUUUAAACGCCGCUGAUCUUAUAGAAUGGCAAAAUGGGAAUCCGCAACAAACACCCCAAAGACAGCAACAACAACUACAUUCAGCACAAUGGUGGCAUAUACAAGCACCGCGCAUACGCGCCAUGCAGAUGAAAGAGUUCUUUACGCCGCUCAAGUACUGGGCGCACCAUUGUCAGCCGCCCGAUCACAACUGUCCGCAGGAGUACUAUCGCGCGCUGUUCGCUGACAGAAGCCGAGCGGCGGCCGCAGUGGCUAAAUUAAUGGACGACUUCACCGCCAGCGACAGUGGGGAUGCGAAGGUGGUACCACCAACGACUAUCACCGAUGAUGAUGUCAAUAUAAACGUGCAUGCAUUCGCCAAAAAUGGUGACGGCAGCGGCUUCGAUGAUUCUCUGCGCAACAUUAAUGAUGACGACGCGGUAGAUAAUGCCUACAGCGAUGUAGUUGCAGAAAUCGCCAACGGUGAUGGCAGUGGCGACGCCGACGAUGAUGAUGAAGACAACAAUGCCGGCAAUGACAUUUUAAUGCUGCUCAGCGGCGAACAAGAUGUCAUGAAAUUCCUGAGUUGGGCCAUGGAACAGCUCUAUCCGCAUCAACAUUUCGCACAGCUGAACGGUAGCAGGCAAGCGGAGUACUACCACCCGGGCAUGUUUAACUGGAAGAAAUUGAAUUUAUCUGGACACCUCGAGCCUCCUUUGAUGGUAGAGGAACCAAAUUAUGUGAUUGUGCGACGCGAGCAGUUGGAAGACGAUCAGCAAACAGGCAUACGCGUGAAAGAUCACAAACCGAAGCAGCGCAGUUCACUUUAUCAGAGCAUUUUCAAUCUUAACCACGGCUCACAGUACAAAGACGAUCCAUUCAUACCACCGCGUGGCCGCAAACACAAUUUGCCCGAUCUGGAUGCACUGUUGAAUCGUUACGAGACAUUUGUGCCGAAUCGCGGCAAACGCGACAAAAUCAAAGACAUUUUCAAGUAUGACGACCUAUUCUUCCCGAAUCGCGGCAAAAAGCAAAAGCCGCCAAAGGCUGCUACAUUAUUUGCAGCAAACGAGGUGGAUGCAGUUGACGAACCGUCCGAUACCAAUGUUGAUGUUGGAGGCCAGGCUGAGGGGAAGAAAGCGCUGUUGUUGGACAAUCAAGUUGAUGACAGCGAUGACAACAGCAACAAUUAUAGUGACACUGAUGAUUCCAGCAGUGGCAAUGAGGAAGAAGCUUCCGCCAUCGGUUGGCCAACGCGUAAUGCUCUACUAAAAACCCAAAACUAUGCAACUGAGAACAGCCCAUCAACCAAACUUUCAAUACCACAAAUAAAAGAACUGAACAAUUUUCUCGACCUUAUGGCUCAACGGUCCGCUAGAAUGUCGCGUUUACGCCGUGUGGCAAGUACAUUCGGCGGCAUAACACAAAUUGCGGCUAAUCGCUUGCGGUCCAUGCCUACUAUGACAAAUUCAGCAGAGCGUCAACAAAGCAAGAACGUGGCCAGUCAGUUGCGACAACAUCACGCUCAACGACGUGGUGGCUGGCAAUUGCCGCUGCCAUCGAAUCAGGUGCGAACUAACGUUAACGGUUUAGAUAUAUUGACAUGGCUGCAGCAACAAUCAAAACAACAUCAAGACAGUAACAAUAAGCCUUUAUUGCAAGAGCAAAUACAACAACCAAGGUGGCAAAAAAUGGAACAACAUCGCCCGCAACGUUUGUUUGGCGGUGCCGAUGGUGUUGCCGCUGGGCGCAGUUCCCUAGAGUCCACAGGUAUUGGUGGCAUAUAAAGUUUAAUGUUGCCACUGUUGGCUCCACUGUUCUUGCUCAUUGUCCUUGGCACUUUUGCAAUGAUCGAAAUAUACUGCAGACAAUUCCAUUAAAAUGAUUUGAAAGAAAAGAAAAAUUAACUAAGUAUUUGUCAGAACUAAUAUGAAGCUUGCCUUUGGCAAUAAAAUGCACUGUAUUUAUCCUUGAAAUCAUUCACUGCAUAUGCUCCCCACACAUAUCAAUAAGAGUAAACACGAAAUGCUCAGCUGUGGUUACUUGAACGGUUUUUAUUAUUAAUCAUUAGUUUUUUAAUUGUUACUACUAAUUAAUAUGAAAAUUUAAAUUAAAUAAACAUAUAACUGGAAGCAAUUGAUGAUAAAGU